CCCAUGUAGCAUAUAAUCCCCCCACCCCCCACAGAUGGAUGUGGUGAUAGGGGCAGCCCAUGUAUUAGAAUCCGACCCAACGGAUGUGAAAGAGAUCAUGAAAGCUCCCCCAACCUCAUACCCUCCUAGUGAGAAUUUGUUGGAAAGAUUGAUCUUCAAGCCAAAGGAUAUCACAUGUGCUUGUUUCUAUGAUGUGGACCUCAACUUUGCACAAGAAGCUGUAAAGUCCAACGGAGACGCAAACAUAGAGGCUCGGUUUUCAUCUAAUGGGACGCCACGCCCGUUAGAACCCUGGACGGGGGGAGGGGAUUCUACAGAGAUUGGGGGUCUCGAGGAUGACAAGGGGACAUCGGGCACCAAUGGAUGGGGGGCUGAGGAAAUGUUCAAAACCAAUAGAGUCAAGUUUGAAGUGAAAUCAAGUUAUGAUCCCAAUCUACCAGAGUAUACGUGAGUAUGGGGGUUGUUUGGGGGGGG